GGCUGAGUGACUCCGUUCUGCCGUAGCUUUUAGCUCUCACCACCUUCCAAAAUUACGUCCCAAAGCAAAACGGACUUUUUAGCGCUUGCUUCUCGGACUCUCCAGAGGAAGAGAAUCGUCGCCGCUGUGGUUGGCAUCGUCAUGGUUUUGGCUCUUAUCGUGGCGAUUCCCCUGCUGGUCCAAACUUCUAAUGCGCACUACGAGAUGAUGGGCACCUGCCGAAUGAUCUGUGACCCGUACAACCCUAAACCGAGCGCCACGGCUCUGGAGGUCAUUCAGGACCUGAGCGCUGUCCCUUCUCCAACCUUUGUACACGGGACUAAAGGCGAGCCGGGUCGACCGGGGAAACCCGGUCAGAGGGGGCCGCCAGGCGAACCAGGACCACCAGGUCCGAGAGGACCACCGGGUGAUAGAGGAGACUCUGGAAAGACGGGCUAUCCUGGGGUAGCGGGCACAGCGCGGACAGAGACCGGUGGAGACCUGGGCUCUGUUAUUGGUGGGGCAAAGAUAGCGUUUUAUGUGGGUCUGAAAAACCCUCACGAGGGAUAUGAAGUGUUAAGGUUUGACGACGUUGUCACGAACCUGGGGAACCACUACGACCCGACCACGGGGAAGUUCACAUGCCAGGUGUCUGGGAUUUAUUACUUCACAUACCAUGUGCUGAUGCGCGGAGGAGACGGGACAAGCAUGUGGGCAGACUUGUGCAAAAAUGGGCAGGUUCGAGCCAGCGCCAUAGCGCAGGACGCCGACCAGAACUACGACUACGCCAGUAACAGCGUCGUCCUGCAUCUGGACUCCGGGGACGAGAUUUAUGUCAAACUGGACGGUGGCAAGGCGCACGGCGGGAACAACAACAAAUACAGCACGUUUUCUGGCUUCCUCCUGUACCCGGACUAAAAUGGGUUAUCCCAGAACUGCCGUCACAUAAAUAAACUUUAGUUCAUUCAAUUCAUCACGAUUGAUCCGACCGAAGAAGAGGAAGAAGCACUCAGUCUUAUAUUCAGCCUUCAAUAUAACUUUACAGAUUAUAUACGAGAUUAUAUAAUCAAUCUAAUUCCACAUAAUAGUUAAACUACUGCUGAUUUUCUUAAUCAAAAAGUCAAGUCCAUUUUAUAUUAAAAAAAAAAAACAUUAAAAAAAAGAACUCAUCACUAUGGCAUGUUCAAGGACCCUUCUGAACCAGGUUGCUCUGCUUUGGAAAAAUGUAAAUCAUUAAUAUAAAUUCAAAUAUUUAUUCAUAAAGAUAAUAACCUUGAGAGUUAUUCCCUUCCAUUGUUCUGGGACUGCUACAGAUAUGUGAUGGAUUGAGUCUAUAUGCAGUGCAGGUUAUUGUAGCCUAUUGUAUGUGUGCAUUAUGUGGUGCUGAAGAUUUUCAUCGCCCUGAAAACGGGUGUCUUGAAGCUGAAGUGUAAAGGUCUUGCUGACCAGCCCUGUAUACAGAGCACAUUGCUGUGUGACGUGAUGCUAUUUUUGCUUGACAGUGUGUCUCACAAAGAUAUAUAUAUACAGUCUAUAGAUCUGUAUGCACAUAUGAAUAUAUUUAUUCAAAAAGAAAGUGUAAAUCAGUAAACCAAUAUAAGCUGAAGCCUUCAACUAACUGUUCAUCCAGUGCUGCAAA